GAAACCGGGCAAGCUGGACCCUCCACUCCAUUGACAGCAACGAUCAUCAUCAUCUUUCUCUUCUCCUGCGCAACUUUCCCUUCAGCAUCAUCCACCAUCACCACCACCACCAUACUCUCAGCUCAGCUCGCUUCUAUCGACACGCGUACCUAAAAACAGACCGUCCCGACUUUCGCUUUCCUCUCCACCAUGUUCGAAGACUCAGACAACAAUCUAUACCUCUUCACCUCCCUUACUGCGGGGUCAUCGCACAUCGUCACCGCAACGGCAACCCUGGAGCGGAUUCUCAAAGCCAACAAGCUACCAUUCCUGGCCAUUGAUGUCGCAACCAACGAUGUAGCCCGCAAGCUCUGGGGUCGUCGCGCCAAGGGCAAGAAGCUGCCGGGCCUAGUGAAAUUUGGCAGCGUUAUUGGGGAUCUAGAAGAGGUCGAAGACUGGAACGAAUAUGGCGAGCUCAGAAUGCAAAUCAACAAUGUCCAACCCAUGGAUAGCAUCUUCGCCUCUGGCACGGUCGCGCAAUCCGAAUCCACCACUCCCACCGUCUCUACACCUACCACCGAAACUCCCGCCGUGAAACAAAGCACCAUCAAGAUCCAGAGCCCCCCUGCAAAGGAGACUCCGAAGGACGAGUCUGCCACGGCUGCCAUGCGCCUGGCCAGUGAGGAAGCUGCUGCCAAGGCCAAGGGUCAACCCACGAACGGCGACGCGAAGAACAAUACUAAGUUUAACAGCAGCAACGUUUCAGCUGCUGCUGCCGCCGAGCAGAAGCCGACCGAGCCUACUGCGACGACGAGCGUGGACACUCCUGCUGGGAAGGAAGACACUGCAACUGGAGCCGAGGCUAUCGAGAUGCCCGCCACCGAGGAGACUAGACCCAAGCGACCGCCGUUGGUAGUUCCCGAGUUGGCUGCAGAGUCAUCUGCCAACAUUCGCGCGGAUGCCGCUGUAGUCGAGCACCAUCGGGGGUCGAUUGUCUCGGCCACCUCUCCCGAGGAGCAGGCCAAGGUCGCCCAUGAUCUGCGCAAGUCCAUCUCCGGUGGCCAUCAGGAGCUGCUGAACUCUCUCCGUGAGGAUGUUGCGGCCGGAGCCAACCAAGAGGAGACCAUCGAGGAAGAGCCCGAGGUUGGCGAGCAGAAAGAGGCGGCAUCGGCGACGGCGGAAGCCACCAAGGAUAGCCACUAGACCAGGCGGAUGUUUAUUUGUGGGUUUCUGUCGCAGGACGAUAGCAUUUUAGCUCCCGCCUUUGUGCAUGUGUCACCUUCUGCAUGAUCGCUUGAAACUUUUACAUA